UAUCAAGGUGGUCAUGCUACUGGUAGAGAGCUGUUGAAUAAGAUGCACUACAUCAUCUGCUUACUGGCUUUGCUCUACUGUCAGACUAAUGCUCAGCAAUGUCUUUGUGCAACUAAUGGUAACAGGGAUCUACCAAACUUUGUCAGACCAGGAGGUGGGCUAGAGCCACGGUUUAGAGACAACCCAAUCCAGGUCAUCAUCACUAGCUACAGGUUCGACUGCUGUGGAGUGGUGACUGAGUGGAGAGCCUUAGUGGAGAAGUUUACUGAUCAGUCCUAUACCAUCUUCUUCCAAGUGUGGAGACCCAACUCCCCCUCACCCAUGGACACUGAUGGCUGCUACACUAUGCAAGGCACUAACUAUUUCUCACCAAUCUCACUUGGUGAUCGUGGCACUGAUGACAGAGGAAUAGUGACUGGGGUACCACUAGAGAGUGAGAGGAUUGAGGUCCAACCAGGAGAUGUGGUCGGGUUCUAUCUGGAGAGUAGUAUAAGAAUUGAUGAUGGUAUCCAGUUUGCUAGAGAUGCAAAUCUGUACACUGAUGAGACAGUUUGGUUUGCUACUGGUUCACUGACUCCUCGCCCUGAGGCAACUUGCAUGUAUCCUGUCGGCACAUCUGGUCUACUCAGUUCCUCCACUAACCUAGCUCCACUCAUCACAGCAACUGUUUCAACUGCUGCCUGUCCUAUAACUGGAAGGACACACCCCCACCCCCACACCCUCAACAUCUCCACUUCCUGCUACUACCGACACAAAUCCUGCUCGUGCAACAGAUAAUACAGUGUAUGCGUGGAUAGUGCUACCAGUGAUGCUAAUAGUAAUCUGUGCUGCAUUAUUGACAGUGACCAAAGUAAUAUCUCGAUCAGGUGUGUUAACGACUUAUUAAACUGCACAUGCAUCUUAUACGUACAUCAGUAUUCAUAGUUUACAUUAUGCAGUUCCUAACAAUCAAGAAGUGAAAAUGGACCCAAUAACAGACGAGAACGAAGCAUAUGGCCAGAUGGGGGAAGAAGCUAUGUCACCUGACAACCACUCUUAUGACUACAUGGACGAGACAGACUUGACUAUUGCAGCCACACAAAACCCAGCCUACCUAACAACAGUCAGUGAUGACACAAACUAUUACGAGAAUGAGGACGAGACAGAAAAAUCUGUAAUGAAAGCAAAUGAAGCUUAUGCUGUGACCAAAGAGACAGCCACAGAUGUUGAGGUUGCAACUGGCGCUAACAAAUUGAGUAGGACAGCAGAAAUGGCAAUGAUAAGAAACGAAGCUUAUGCUGUGACCAGAGAUACAGUCACAGAUGCGGAAGAUGUGGACAAUUAUGAGUAUGUAGGAGCUCCUGAAAUUCCUAACAUGUGAUUUCAAUUUUGUACAAUACUUUGUGUGACACGAACAGAGUAAUGACCCAUAUAAGUCAAAUUGCAUGCAUCCCAUAAAUUAUAAGAGUAUCAAAUAAUUAUGAUUGUCAAGAUUGACAGUACUAUAUUAAACGCAUGCAUGCAGGUGUAACACAAUAGUUACGACAGAUUGCAUAAGAAACAUGUACAUAAUUGUUAUUAAGCAUAGUUUCUGCAUGAACUACAGA